CGAACACGCACUUCCUCAUAUGGCGUCAAUUGCCGCCUGAAACCAAUUUUUAAAGCCAAAAUUUAUAAAACAAACAAAUUCAACUUGCAUCCUCACUCUCGUCUCUACUAUCACUCUUUGUAUAUUUGUGUACAUAAUGAAACACGUCACUGCUUGAUCAGGCUUCCUCAACGCUUCUACUUAAAUCGUCCAAUGGCUAUGGCUUCACUCGCGUUCGGUUCAAGCCUAAGCUUACUUCGCAGCGACCGAAACGACGCUGUCGUCACACGGCUUUUCCGUUCUCCGAAUAUCUUAAGUUUGAAUCGGAAGUUGAAGAAUUGUUGUUACUCUUCAAAAAUGGCAAGUUCGGGAGUUGGAGUUACACGCGCCAGUACUGAGGUGGUGGAAGAUCGAACUGUGGAGAAAGAAGAACGUGGUAGGGUUUUGAGAGUUGCUCUCAUUUGUGGAGGUCCUUCUGCUGAGCGUGGAAUUUCUCUUAACUCAGCUAGAUCAGUGCUUGAUCACAUACAGGGAGAUGAUUUGCACGUGAGUUGCUAUUACAUUGACUGUGAUCUUAAUGCCUUCGCAAUUUCCUCUGCUCAGGUAUAUUCAAAUACACCUGCAGAUUUUGAUUUUAAACUUGAAAGUCUUGCGCAAGGUUUUGGGUCAUUGUCUGAAUUUGCAGAACAUCUUGCUGCGUCUGUAGAUAUUGUAUUUCCUGCAAUACACGGUCGAUUUGGUGAAGAUGGUGGCAUUCAGGAACUGUUGGAAAAAUAUAAUGUUCCAUUUGUUGGCACAGGAUCGAGAGAGUGUCGUCAAGCAUUUGAUAAGUACAAUGCCUCCUUGGAGCUCAGCAAACAAGGAUUCAUAACAGUACCUAGUUUCUUAGUGCAGGGAACUGAAGUGAAUGAAUCUGAAUUAUCAAAGUGGUUUGUGAGAAACCAUUUGGAUCCUAACUCAGGGAAAGCUGUGGUAAAACCAGCAGUUGCAGGAUCAAGCAUUGGUGUUACAGUUGCAUAUGGUGUCACUGAUUCCCUUAAAAAAGCUAAGGAAAUUAUUUUAGAGGGGAUUGAUGAUCGAGUCCUGGUUGAAAUAUUUCUUGAAGGAGGAAGCGAGUUUACGUCCAUUGUCCUUGAUGUGGGGUCUGGAUCUGAUUGCCAUCCUGUUGUUUUACUGCCAACCGAGGUGGAGCUUCAAUUUCAUGGCAUUGGUGAUGUAAGGGAGAAGGAUGCAAUUUUUAAUUACCGGCGGAAAUAUCUUCCAACACAACAGGUUGUUUAUCACACUCCACCUCGUUUUCCUAUUGAUGUAAUUAAAAGUAUUCAAGAAGGUGCAUCCCUGUUAUUCCAACGGCUUGGACUACGUGAUUUUGCUCGAAUUGAUGGAUGGUUUUUGCCUUCUUCUACAAGUGUAUUUUCAUCUUCAGAAAACAAAUAUGGGAGAACUGAAUCCGGUACAAUUUUAUUUACUGACAUUAACCUGAUUAGCGGGAUGGAACAGACAAGCUUCUUGUUUCAGCAAGCAUCAAAGGUUGGAUUUUCCCAUUCAAACAUUCUUCGAACAGUUAUUCGUCGUGCUUGCUCGAGAUUUCCCAAUCUUGUAUCAAACAAUAGUUUGUCAAGUCAUUUGCCUGGUAGAUUAAAUGCUGCACAUCUUACUAAAGCACUCAACAAAUAUGAAGGUAGUCGUAAGGUUUUUGUCAUAUUUGGAGGAGACACUUCAGAACGGCAAGUAUCCCUCAUGAGUGGAACAAAUGUAUGGCUCAAUUUGCAGGGAUUCGACGAUAUUGAAGUAACUCCUUGUUUGCUUGCUCCUUCAAUUGACUCUUCUGGUACAGAUCCUGAAAAAAGGGAUUCUGAUGUGAGCUCCAGAGAGGUCUGGUCACUACCUUACUCUCUUGUGCUGAGACACACAACUGAGGAAGUCCUUGCUGCAUGCAUUGAAGCAAUUGAACCAGCUCGGGCUGCAUUUACAUCUCACUUAAGGAACCAAGUGAUGAAUAAUCUGACAGAAGGUUUGAAGAAACACAGUUGGUUUACAGGGUUUGAUAUAGCUGAUGAACUGCCUAAGAGAUUUUCAUUGGAGGAGUGGAUCAAGAUUGCCAAGGAUGUUCAGGCAACAGUUUUUAUUGCAGUUCAUGGGGGAAUUGGUGAAGAUGGUACUCUUCAAUCCUUGCUGGAGGCAGAAGGAGUCCCUUAUACAGGUCCUGGUGUUAUGGCUUCUAAAACUUGUAUGGACAAAGUUGCAACAUCAUUAGCACUUAAUCAUCUAGCUGACAUGGGAGUACUUACAAUAAAUAAAGAUGUGAGGAAGAAGGAGGAUUUAUUUAAUAUACCCAUACCUGAGAUUUGGCAUGAGCUGACCUCUAAGCUGCAGUGUGAAACUUUAUGUGUUAAACCAGCAAGGGAUGGAUGCUCAACUGGUGUUGCAAGAUUAUGCUCUGCAGAGGAUCUUGCGGUGUAUGUGAAAGCACUGGAGGAGUGUCUUCUACGUAUUCCUCCUAAUAGUUUUUCAAGGGCACAUGGAAUGAUUGAGAUGCCAAACCCUUCUCCAGAGCUCUUGAUCUUUGAACCUUUUAUUGAGACUGAUGAGAUAGUAUUUUCAUCAAAAUCCACAAAUGAGAAUGCGCAUCGCCUAUUGUGGAAAGGAGACAGUCGGUGGGUAGAAGUUACAGUUGGUGUAAUAGGAAAAUGUGGAUCAAUGCAUUCAUUGAUGCCUAGUGUUACUGUCAAAGAAACUGGUGACAUCUUAUCACUUGAGGAAAAAUUUCAAGGUGGAACUGGCAUUAAUCUCACUCCACCUCCAGCAUCAAUUAUUAGGAAUGAGGCUCUGGAGAAAUGUAAACAACACAUUGAACUAAUUGCGAACACUCUGCAAUUAGAAGGAUUUUCACGAAUUGAUGCAUUUGUCAAUGCUGAUAGUGGAGAGGUAUUGAUCAUAGAGGUGAAUACUGUUCCUGGAAUGACUCCAUCCACUGUCCUGAUACAUCAGGCACUAGCUGAACAACCUCCCAUGUAUCCCCAUCAGUUCUUCCGUACACUGCUUGAUCUGGGAUCAGCAAGGUUCGUAUAAGUUUGUUGUAUCUACCCGUCUGGUUUAUUAUGGAGACAUCGGUGGCUUGGUGUGUUGUUGCCUUUGAACUGGCUAACGAAGAAGUUAUUGCCAAGUGUCCAGAGUUGGCUGUUAUCUCGUUAAUAAGUAAAUUAAAUGCUGUAAUUUUGGUUGGAUUUCGCUUUCGAUUUGUUGCUUAAUUUGCUGUAUUAUCUAUUACAAAGGGCAUUGUAUUGAUGACUUCGCCAUAUGCUAACUGUCAACCAUGCAAAUUUUAAAUUUUAAAUUUAAAACGUUGAUUUAUCACCCCA